AAAUGGGCCUUAAGCCCGGGGGCGGGGCCUUUCCUAAAGGGCAAGGCUAAGAAGCAUCCUGAAUCGGAGCUGGCAGAGGGUUAUUAAGGCUGGAGUGGAAGGAUGUCCAGGGUAUUGGGGUCAGGGUGGCAUUAGCCCUGUUGAAGCCAGGCUGGGCUGACUCAGCAUCCUGCCUGCCCUAGCCAACCCCAAGCCCCGACGGCUCCUCACUCCCUUGGGCAGAGAUGGGAGAUGGCGCCGGUGCUGCCCGUGGUGCUGCCCCUCCAACCCCGUAUCCGUUUGGCACAGGGGAUCUGGCUCCUCUCCUGGCUGCUGGCACUGGUCAGUGGCCUCACCCUCCUUUGUAGCGGGCAUCUUCUGGUACAGCUGGGGCACCUUGGCACCUUCCUGGCACCCUCUUGUUCAUUCCCUGCUCUGCCCCAGACUGCCCUGGCAGCGGGAGCGGUGGCUCUAGGCACAGGGCUAGGAGGCGCAGGAGCCAGCCGGGCAAGUCUGGAUGCAGCUCAAUACCCUCCCUGGAGAGGGGUCUUGACUCCACUGCUAGCGGUUGGCACCGCUGCAGGCGGGGGGCUGCUGACCCUUGCCCUGGGGCUAGCCCUGGCUUUGCCAGUAAGUCUCCACCAGGGACUGGAGGAGGGCCUGGAGGCUGCCUUGGCUCACUACAAGGACACAGAGGUGCCUGGACGCUGUCAGGCCAAACGUCUGAUGGAUGAAUUGCAGUUGAGGUACCAUUGCUGCGGGCGCCAUGGCUACAAGGAUUGGUUUGGUGUUCAGUGGGUCAGCAACCGUUACUUGGACCCCAAUGACCAAGAUGUGGUUGACCGGAUCCAGAGCAACGUGGAAGGUUUAUAUCUGAUUGAUGGAGUUCCCUUCUCCUGUUGUAAUCCCCACUCACCCCGGCCUUGCCUGCAAAGCCAACUCUCAGACCCCUAUGCCCAUCCACUCUUCGAUCCUCGGCAGCCCAACCUAAACCUCUGGGCCCAAGGCUGCCAUGAAGUGCUGCUGGAGCACCUGCAGGGGUUGGCAGGCUCACUGGGAAGUAUUCUGGCUGCCACCUUACUGCUGCAGGUUCUAGUGCUCCUUGGUUUGCGGUAUUUGCAGACAGCGCUGGAGGGCCUUGGAGGAGUCAUUGAUGGGGAAGGAGAGACCCAGGGCUAUCUUUUUGCUGGUGGGCUGAAAGACAUACUGAAAACUGCAUGGCUACAGGGAGGGCUUGCCCACAAGCCAGCACCUGAGGAGGCCCCACCAGAUGAAGAACCUCCCAAGGAAGUUCUAGCUGAGGCCUAGAAACCUGAAGAGGUGGGGGUGGGAAGGGAAAAGAUGGACAAAUAUGGAAAACAUUCAAUUCUUUACUCAGGCUCAGGGAAGGAAAGGUUCCUGGGAUUAUAGGAGUUAGAGCAAACAGAGCUGGACUGGAAUGAGAAGUCCAGGUGUCCUGGAGCCCAGCUGUCUCGGUGGAAACCACCAGGGUUGCCAACAGAUGAAGGUGUCAGGGAAGGGACAGCCAAAGGACUAGAGACUGUUCCUAGUAUACCAAUUCUACAAUAAAGUCUGUGGACAGAA